CAGCAGAGCUUUGUGCUCAGAGGUUCUCGGGCAGUCAAAAGGCUCUAUCAGCUCAAUUAUAGCUGAGCUCUUCUCGCAACGGUCUGUGACAAAAAUGCUCUGCUUUAGAUCAUGUGCAGCUCCUUCUUCAACUCUCAUCCCUCUGGAUUCAGAGCUUUUCAGAGCAUCUUCUCCUGUGAUCCUGGCACCAUAGAAUCCAUUUAUCUAGACAGCUGUGCUCCUCCUUUUGACUCAGAUGCAAUUUUCUGAAGAGCUGCACAAAAGUUUAGAUCUGAGGAAAAGCCAAUGGUGCAGAUGAAAUACCACUGAGAGUCAAUGGGAGCCAGUCUACUUUAUUAAUGUCGGCUCUGCUUCUCAACGGAUCCAUCCAUCCUCAUCAUCUAAUAUGGGAGAAGGACAUGUCCAUUUCUGAGACUGUACACGAGUGGCUGGGAAACAAGACCCAGCUGACCUCGGACCUGCCGCUUCUUGACCAUGAUGACCCGUGCCACAUGUCUCCUGUCCUCACGGCAUGUUUGGUUUCAUUGUACAGUGCUACAAUGGUGCUGGGGCUGGUGGGAAACAUUGGUCUCAUUUGCAUCAUUGCUCACCGCAGAGAAAAAGUCAAUGUCACUAGCAUUUUCAUCUGCAAUCUAUCAUUCUCUGACAUUCUGGUGUGUGUGUUCUGCCUUCCCUUCACUAUCAUAUACACACUCAUGGACCACUGGGUGUUUGGAUCGCUGUUGUGCCGGCUGGUGCCAUUUAUCCAGUGUGUUUCUGUGACGGUAUCAGUUCUGUCCUUAGUUUUUAUUGCUUUAGAAAGGCAUCAGCUCAUUAUUAACCCCUCUGGAUGGAAACCAAGCCUUUUUCAGGCCUACAUGGCAGUAAUUGUCAUUUGGAUUUUGGCUUGCUUUACCUCGACACCCUUCUUAGUAUUUCAGCUGCUCACAAAUGAACCUUAUACUAAUGUAGUUCUGCCAAACCAUCAUCAGUUCUCUCAGACAUAUCUCAAUAUAUCUAACUCCGUCGCCAACAGAAAUUCCUCUGUGCCUCUUCAUUUGUAUCGCUCACUCUUUGCUUUUGUCCCCACCUCCCCACACAUGGAGGCUUGUGUGGAGCACUGGCCAUCCCAGGAGCAAAGGGUGGCGUACACCACUUGGCUUCUGGUAUUUCAAUACUGUGGUCCACUUUUGCUGGUCCUACUCUGCUACGUUCGGGUUUUCGUACGCCUCCGCCACCGCAAGGACAUGCUGGACCGAGCUAGGACUCCAGAGAAUCAGCGUAUCACCCACAGCCGCAGAAUCAACAUCAUGUUAGCCGCUCUCAUAACAGCCUUUGCCCUCUGCUGGCUUCCACUCACCAUCUUUAAUGUGGUGGCAGACUGGAACCAAGAGGCUCUGCCUGUCUGUCACCACAACCUUCUGUUCUCCCUCUGCCAUCUGCUGGCCAUGUCCUCCACCUGCAUCAACCCCAUCAUCUACGGCUUCCUCAACUCGAACUUCCGACAAGAGGUGAGGGAGGUGCUCCUGCACUGUCGCCACUUUCAACAAGGAGGAGAGUUUGAGCAGUUCCCCAUGUCCACGGGGAACGUGGAAGUGUCCCACAUCUCAGUGCCUCUUCCAUGUAAGAGCAACUCUGUCUGAUUUUAAUGCUGCAUCAAAGACCAUGCAAAUGCAUCGAAACAGAUGAACUGUAAAGUUUCAGGAUUUGGUUUAGUUCUAGUUUAUUCUGUGUAAUGUCUUUUUUGAGGUAACAACAGUGUAUUCACUUAUAUCUUAUGUCAAAUGCUUAUGAUGGACAUCUUUUAAAGUCAAGUGACACAAUAUUGGCCGAUUUUUUUUUUAUGCUGAUUAAUGAUUGUUAAUGAAAAAAUGAGCAUUAAAAUGUGUGUGUAAACAUUGGUGAAUACUGAUUGUGUUAAAUAGCUAUUUUUUGAUUUUUUGUUUUCUCUUUUAACUUUUGUGAAAAUCUGCAAGAGAGAUUGAAAAAAACACAAGUGAUUUUGUUUAAAGUGACUUAUUUUGCUUAGUUUCUUGUGAUUUAAGUGAUGAAUAAAAAUCAAACUUGGACUAAUACAGAAUUGGAACAGUCAUUUAAAGGAAUUUAGUGAUUCAUUAGCAAUUGGUUCUUUUAAAUAUGUGGAUUUUAUUUUGUGCAGAUUUUUUCUUCUGAAAUUCACAUUCCUCAAUUAAAAUGCAUCUUUUGAAAUAAGUGACCCUGUU